UUUUCCUGUCCUUAGCUGAGUUUUCCGCUCAUGAAAAGCUGAAUUUGAGCUUCUGCAUGAAAUAUAAUUAAUGAAUAAUUGGAUCGGUGCAUAUCUAGUUUGAUUAUUUUUUGUCUGAAUUCAUUUAGAUCUCCUGAAUUUCUACGAAACCAGAGAAAAUGGCUGUUACACAGGCAAGUGGAAAUUCCCAACCAAGCAAAUCAUGGGAAUUGAGCCUUUACGAGCUUCACCGAUCCCCGCAAGAAGCGAUCACCGAUGACACCGAGAUCGCAGUGUCUCCCCGGAGUCUACACAGUGAGCUGAUGUGCCCUAUAUGUCUUGACAUGCUAAAGAAUACAUAUACCACCAAGGAAUGCUUACAUCGUUUCUGCCAGGAUUGCAUCAUCACAGCGCUUCGAAGCGGGAACAAGGAGUGCCCGACGUGUCGUAAAAAGCUCGUCUCCAAGCGGUCUCUGCGGCCAGACCCAAAUUUCGAUGCCCUCAUCUCAAAGAUCUAUCCCAGCAGAGAUGAAUACGAAGCUCAUCAGGAGAGGGUUUUGGCCAAACUCAACAAGAGACAUAACGCUACUGCUCUAAGCUCUAGUAUUGAGGAAGGGCUCAAGGUACAAGCUUUGAACAGAGCGCAAAGAGUUCCACCAAAAAGGAAACCAGAAUUCAACCUUGCUGGUGGCGAGCUACCCCCAGAUGACUCCGCCCUUGACCCCGCCCAGUGCGGAGGUGGUGGUGAUGGGGACCUGAACGGCGACCCUCAAGCACCGGCAGGCCCGGAGGGAUUAGCGCUUGCCCCUCCUCCCUCUGCACCCCUGACACCCCCGUCGGAAUCCCCUCAGGAGGAGAGGAGAUUAAUGAGAUCGCAUUCGGAGGAUUUAUCAUCUAGUCAAGGGUGCAAUUCAUUCCAGGAUCGGGAUUCUCUUCAGGCGAUGAAACGGGCAAGAACAUCGGAUGAUUCCAGUAGUUGUGGAGACGUGGAGGGAGAGGGGGAGGGUAGUAUCGACUUACCAGACCCAUCUAAUGAGAUAGAGUUAGUCUUUAAGCCUCACCCUGAUGAAGUCAACCAUAUGUUUCCUUACAUGGUGAGAUACCUCAAGACAUCGGCCCUUGCUUCAAUAGAUCACCUAGCCAAGUACCUAUCUAUGAGGAUCGCUCUCGAACUAAGAGAUGCUGGUUCAAUGGACAGUCAGAGUUCGUCCAAUCAGAACGAGGGAAAUUGCGGAGAGUUCACUAUCUUCAUCAGUCCAUCACCGUGUCAAUUCCAGCCAUUGAAUGGUAACCUAACCCUCGAACAGGUCAACGAGAGACACUGGAAAGUUAAUAGGCCAUUGGAGAUGUACUUUCUUGGUAAGAAGUGAGAUGGGAUACCAGUCUUUGUUUAUAUGACAGCAAUUGAAUGGUAAUUUAACCCUUGAACAGCUCAACGAGAGACACUGGAGAGUUACCGGUAAUAGGCCAUUGGAGAUGUAUUUUCUCGGUAAGAAGUGAGAUGGGUUACCAGUCUUUGUUUAUAUGACGACAGCAAUUGAAUGGUAACCUAACCCUUGAACAGAGCAACGAGAGACACUGGAAAGUUAAUAGGCCAUUGGAGAUGUAUUUUCUCGGUAAGAAGUGAGAUGGGUUACCAGUCUUUGAUUAUAUGUCAGCUUGUGAAUGGUAACCAAACCUUUGAACAAGAUGGUGAUGGACCCUUAGAGAUGCACUUUUUCUCUAAGAAAUGAAAUGGGUUACCAGUCUUUGUUUAUAUGAAAGCUCUUGAAUGGUGACCAAACCCUUUGGCAAGAUGGUGAUGAACACUUGUUAGCACAUAAAACAUGGGAGAUGCAGACCUUUAAAAAGUGAGAUGGGUUACCACUCCCUGUUUUUGACAGGAAUAUAAUGGUUCCCAAACCCUUUAGCAAAGCAUUGACAGAUACUUAAAAAUUAUUAUGCCUUUGGAGACGCACACCUGAGAUUUGUGACAUUCAAUGAAUGAUUCCUGAACCUGUCUAUGAGUCCCAGGUACCUGUAUCCCACCCGAAAACUUCCUAGACGCAAACAAUUAGGACAAAAUUCUCAAAGGAAGUUUUAAAAACCCACGGUUGAACCCAUGGUUAUGCAGAUUUCCUGUAUAAAUUACACUUAAUUUAGUGUGUGUCAGGGAUGUGUGUAAAAAAUGUCUAAUGCCGAUGCGCACUGUUUCACAGUGCGCCAAUUUGACGCCUGUUACCAAGGUUUGAUACGCUAUUUUAUCCAUGAGUCCACUGUUUUUAAUUAAUGAGUCCACU